UUUUUUCUAUGAAUUUUCAUUUUUGUUUUUUGAGCUCAUUUCUUCACCUCUGAAAAUCAGAAAACCACACCCCAAAACAGCCGCCGCCAACCACCGUCGUAUUCCGCCUCUAGCAACCGGACGCCGCCUUAUCUCCAAUACUUACUGCCUAUCAGAUUAAUCCCGAACCCCCGACGAGGCGACGCGACCAGCUGAUUACCACCGUUUGUCCGUAAAAUCAAUCCGUUUCCACAUCGGAAUAAUGGGCAGACAAGGUUCUCAGCUAAAAAUCAAUCCGAAGAAAUUCGGGAACCUUCAGAAACCUUGCAUGAGAGAAAUGAUGUCAUUUCUUAGUUGUUUGGCUUUAACUCAAGGCGAUGAUAAGAGAUGCAGCCGGCAGAAGUCUUUGUUGAGCACGUGCAUGGAUGCUCAGACUACCAAUAAGCGAAAGCCUUGGGGCAGCAUUAAUUAUCACCUUCAAAGGCUUAGCAGGGGGAAAAAGUAACGAUGUUGGCUUCUUACUCUGUUCGUGCUAAAAUAGUAGAUCUACAAAUGGUGUCCUCAUGGAGAGUCCCUGGUAAUUUUUGUUAAAUGGAGUUUGAGAUCUCUUAAAUUUUGUUUUUUCCUUGAGCAUGUGCACCACUUGUCGGUUUCACUUUGAAGAAACAAUUUCAAGCAUCCAUCAAAUGUUCCAGAAAUUUGGAUCGCCUGGAUUAUUCAA